UCUCCAUUCACCAAAAAUGGCCGGCUCAGGCUUAAUUCAAACACUACAGUACUACUAAAAAGUUUCUUUUUAGCAAAAAAUUCACAGUUCCUAUUUAGACUCAGACUCUCCGUGGAAGUGGAAGUGGAAGUGGAUUAUUAUUUCCUCUUGUUAAUUUCCCUCUCAUUUUGAAACAUCUUCCUCGCGCGGCAAACCCUAAGUUUCCCGAGAAAGUGAAGGAAAAUGCCUCGGGAGAUCAUCACGCUCCAGGUGGGACAAUGUGGGAAUCAGAUCGGGAUGGAGUUCUGGAAGCAGCUCUGCCUCGAACAUGGCAUCAGCAAGGAUGGCAUUCUCGAAGAUUUCGCUACUCAGGGAGGUGACAGGAAAGAUGUGUUUUUCUAUCAAGCUGAUGAUCAGCACUACAUCCCACGAGCAUUGCUGAUCGACCUCGAGCCUAGAGUGAUUAACGGCAUCCAGAAUAGUGAAUAUCGAAAUCUCUACAAUCAUGAGAAUAUCUUUGUUUCAGAUCAUGGAGGUGGUGCAGGAAAUAAUUGGGCCAGUGGUUAUCAUCAGGGGAAGGGUGUUGAAGAGGAUAUAAUGGACAUGAUUGAUAGAGAAGCAGAUGGAAGUGAUAGUCUUGAGGGUUUUGUUUUAUGUCACUCUAUUGCUGGAGGAACAGGCUCAGGUAUGGGUUCAUAUCUGUUGGAAACUCUAAAUGAUCGCUACAGCAAAAAACUGGUUCAGACAUAUAGUGUAUUUCCAAACCAGAUGGAGACGAGUGAUGUGGUGGUCCAGCCCUACAACUCACUUUUGACACUUAAGCGACUUACAUUAAAUGCUGAUUGCGUUGUUGUUCUUGAUAACACUGCAUUGAAUAGAAUUGCUGUGGAACGUCUUCAUUUAUCAAAUCCUACAUUUGCUCAAACAAAUUCUCUGGUCUCCACUGUAAUGUCUGCCAGUACAACCACUCUGCGAUAUCCAGGUUACAUGAACAAUGACUUGGUUGGCCUUCUUGCUUCUUUAAUUCCUACCCCAAGAUGCCAUUUUCUAAUGACAGGAUAUACACCUCUCACAGUGGAGCGCCAGGCUAAUGUGAUUCGUAAAACCACUGUACUUGAUGUCAUGAGAAGACUUCUGCAGACAAAGAAUAUUAUGGUUUCCUCAUAUGCUCGAACAAAAGAAGCUAGUCAAGCAAAGUAUAUAUCAAUAUUGAAUAUCAUCCAAGGGGAAGUGGACCCUACUCAGGUUCAUGAAAGUUUGCAGAGGAUACGUGAAAGAAAGCUUGUUAACUUUAUUGAGUGGGGCCCUGCAAGCAUUCAGGUUGCUCUGUCUAGAAAGUCCCCAUAUGUUCAAACUGCUCAUAGGGUCAGUGGUCUUAUGUUAGCAAGCCAUACUAGCAUCCGGCACCUUUUCAGCAAGUGUUUGAGUCAGUAUGAGAAGUUGAGAAAGAAGCAAGCUUUUCUUGACAAUUACCGGAAGUUCCCAAUGUUUGCCGACAAUGACCUUUCAGAAUUUGAUGAAUCACGAGACAUAAUUGAGAGUUUGGUUGAUGAAUACAAGGCCUGUGAGUCCCCAGAUUACAUAAAAUGGGGAAUGGAGGACCCAGACCACAUUCUAACUGGAGAAGGCAAUGCUUCUGGAACCGUGGAUCCAAAUUAGCUGUGUGAACAUAUCAAGUUAAGAGUGCUGGGUGAAAAAACGUUGGGAGAGAGUGUUUUAUGAAUGCUUGUGUAUAUUAAUUUCCUCCUGCAUUGUGAAUUUAAUGGUUUGUAAUUUGAUGAUUUUUUGUGUGUCAAUCUUCCAUUAUUCUACUUGCUAUUAAACGUGAUAGUACAAAAUUUCAGUAUAUCAAGUUUGCUGGAAUAAUCAUGUUGAUCAA